CACUCCUCUGCAAACCUCUCAGGCAUCCCAUGGUUUUUGGAGAGCUCACUGAGACACGCAGACUAUCAUUUUGCUGCCUCUGAACUGGAAAGCUUUUUAUGCAACUGGCUAUUUUCAAAGAUCCCUGCCUCCUCUCGGUCUGUUGAUCCGCCGCCACAAUGCGCCUCCUCAUAGCUGCUCUGCUGUUUGUGGGGUUUGAUUCUGUUCACUGUGCUGAUUUCGUGGCACCUCUGAACAUGGGCGGGGUCACAGGUCUAGUGAGUUUUAACUCAACCUCUCAGGCAGUUCUCGUUAACAUAUCUGGUGCUGGAUCCUGCAGUUCGGUGAACUUUUCCCUCAGUGAGUUUCCUGUUAUGUACGGCCACUUCAAAGAUCCCUGUUCUGAGGCAAACAUCGGCCCCGGCAUCUUCACCUUUCAGGCAGAUCCCUCCCAAACAAACUCCAUUGACGUGUCACUUCUUUUUAGGCAAAGAUCCAAUCUGGAUGACCUUUCGCUGUCUUUGCUUACAUGUAACGGUACCAAAGUGUGCACAGUUGUGAGUCAAAGCCAAACAAAUGUAACUCUACAGGCCAGGUUCACUGGCUCAAUUUCAGGAAACAUUUAUCUACGUCUUAAUUUAAACUAUUCCAAUUCAAGGCUGCUUGCGGACCUUGCAGCAGUGGAGUCGAGCGCUUCACAAACCAACGUCACUCUUUUUGGAUCUCUGAGUACAGCUCCGAGCUGUGAUGUCCUUCUUGGAAGCGUAGCUCCAUCAGCAUUGAGAAAUCUGGGGGUUGUAAAGGUUGGGCUUCCUUUGCUUCCUCAGAAAUCACGACUGGAUCUUGAUAGUUUCAACUCCUCCUACAAAUUUCUGCUGUACAGCAUUGGGUCGACGUAUAAGUGUGCCCAGAUCCAUAACCUCCCCGUGAAGCAGGUGAGAGCCGUGGUGAACAUGAGAGGGAUUAUGGGCUACUUCAGCUUUUUCCAGGCUUCACCAUUUGAUCUGACUAGAAUUACAGUCAACCUCACAAACCUGAACCAAGUUGGGCCCUACCAUGUUCACCAAUUUCCUGUCCCAAAUUCAAUUGGAUCAGGCUUGUGUUCAAAUGCUAAUGUUGGUGGUCACUGGAACCCAUUUGGAAUUGACACAAUGAGCCAAUCCUACCCAAAAGGGCCUGGAUCCACACAUGACAAGUAUGAGAUAGGUGACCUAAGCACCAAGCAUGAGUCUCUAAAAGACAAAAGCAUGAUGAUGAAAACAUUCACAGAUUUUAAUCUGCCUUUGUUUGGGCAGAAUAGCAUCGUAGGUCGCUCCGUUGUGAUUCACAGCCAAACAGAUAAUGCGAGAUUUGCAUGUGCCAGUAUAGGCUAUCCUGCUGAAGUCACUGUAGCCAAAGCCAAGUUCCAGAGUCCUGUGGUUGGUGAGGUUUGGUUCACCCAGGUAGUCAAUAGUCCUCUUUCUGAUGUAUCCAUCUUUAUGUAUCUUUCAUAUGGAAAUCCCUCAAUGACAGCAAGCCAGAUGCACAAUUGGCAUGUUCACAUCUUCCCUAUCAGCUCAGAAAGGGAUGAUGAUGCGCAGCGCUGCAGCACAACUGGAGGUCAUUGGAAUCCGUUCCAAAUCACAGUCAACGGCAAUUAUACUGUCAACUGUGCCCCUUUGUCUCCAUUAAGCUGUGAGGCAGGAGACUUUGCCAACAAACAUAGCACCAUUAACCUUAGUGCUACAGUAGGAAGUGUGGAUUCAAAACACUUUUUCACUGAUGUCACUGCCUGGGUGCCAGGAAUGAUUGGUCGCUCUGUGGUCAUUCAUGAAGCAGGAAGGGGAGCACCAAGAAUUGCUUGUGCAAACAUUACAGAGGUUAGAGUUCCCAAGGCUAUCUUAGGUCAGUGGUUUGGUCCGGGGUCAAUUGACGGUCAGGUGCAAUUCUCUCAGGCUGUGCCACAAGGUCCCACAACUAUACAAGUGUCCUUGAAAAACCUGGCCUCCAUUGCUGGAGGGUAUCAUGUCCAUGUGUUGCCCCUCAAACCUGGCAGUGCCAGCCCCUGUUCAAAUGCAGACAUCCUUGGACAUUUCAACCCAUUAGCUUGGAAUGUUUCAAACUCUCCUUCGCCUGGUGUGGGUACAGUCGACCAGUAUGAGGUAGGCGACAUCAGUGGGAAGUUUGGGAUGUUGACUCUGAAAGACAUCUAUGAGGGAGUCCAUGAGGACCCGAGCAUGCCACUGACUGGACCUUACAGCAUCGUUGGGCGGUCUCUGGUAAUUCAUCACACCAAUUCAACAAGACUGAGGUGUGCCGACAUCAUAGCAAAUACAAGCACAGGAGGACAGCUGAUCAAUUCCACAGCUGUUUUCAAUGGUGUGGUGACCGGAACAGUCCAACUGCGCCAGCAGAUGUUUGCUGAUGGGAGCUCUAGUGAUGUUACUCUGAUCGUCAACCUUCAAUCAACCACAAAAGCAAAUCUGGAGCAAGCCUCUUUGUUCAUCGCAAGCAACCGUUUGAACGGCAGCCUGUGCGACUCGGCGGGCGCCACGUUCAAUCCCUUCAGCAUGACAUUGAAGAGCUCCAGCUGCUCUUUAGGAAACCCUCUGAGUUGUGCGGUGGGGGAAAUAUCUGCCAGACAAGGCAAUGUGAGCCUGACCCAGAGGCAGGUCUUCUCCGACAGCCUCAUCCAGCUCUCUGGGGACAACACAGUUGUGCACAGGUCUCUUGUGCUGAAGGACGGGGACGCCAUCAUUGCAUGUGCAGACAUCCUCCCAAACUCCCCAUCAUCCCAGCAGAUCUUUCCCAAUGUCACCAACUUCAGCCGGUUUGAUUUCCGUAAAAGGGUGGCGGACGUCCUCAAGGUGGAAACAGCAAGGGUCACCAUCUUACCCGGCUCUCCCUUCAAUGUUGAGGGUCGCAACUGCCAGAGGGUCACCUACAUGGUGUCAGACAUUUGGCAUUCAGACAGUGAACUGCACCAGGGUUCACUUGCAAGAGAGCCGUGAUCAAGUCGGGUACAGUUCAUGAACAAACAAAAUAUCCGGUAAACCUGAGAGUGCAAGCAAACCAAAAAGGUUCUGUCCAAAAAUAAAAAGCUGAUAAAGAAAAGGUUUGAUCAAAUCUUUAACAGGCAGAUACACAGUCUCAUAGAUGUUCACACAAAGACCAUGUCACACAGUCACCACGUUUAUUUUGCGCAUUUUCCAUGUCUUUCAUGUUACAUGUGUGAUAAACGUCGUUCAUACGUGUCUCUUGUGUUCGUCGUUCGUCGAUGUGAGCAGAUGUCCGUCGAGGAAUUCAGCUGACGGGACUUGACAUGAAAUCGGUUUUGACCUGUUCAAAAUUUUUGGUCGGUUGAGAAUUAUGCAGGCUACGCGUAUUUUACGUAGUUUAUACGCAAUUAUUACAGAAAUCUUACACAAUUGGGUGUGAUUUUUCUGAGAUACAUACACAAAUUUGUCUCUUUCCACGAACGUUCCACGUCUGUCUAACAGACUUUACACGCAUGAACCACCGAUAUCAUUUAUCACAACAAUCACACAGUUCGUGCACAUUUGGCGUGUUUGUGACGGGUCUAUAAAUCGGCCAAUCUUUAACCCCUCCAGCAGGGGGGUCUCCCACUGCUCUCUUGCGGGGCGGUGUCUGGUCCCACGCAGUAGGCGGGACACUAGAGGGGGGCGAGUACGACGAGCGCGGAUGCAACUGUGGCUGGCGCGGGGCUCUCUCUGGCAGAUCACCCAAGCCCCUCCCCUCAGUUGGGACCUAGCGGCUGGUUCAGACCACGGGAUUCCAACUGUUUAACUAAAACAAAAUAUUUGAUUGCCCGCGGUGGGUGCUGACCAUGGUGCUGAAGCAGUGGGAUUUCUGUUCAGUGCCCUGAACGUCAAAGAAGCGCUGGUUUACGUGUUCUUUGUGUGGUUUAUUUAGCGUUUUUAAUGUGGUUCAUCAAUGAUACAUCUUGUAAAAAUUUUGCGUAAAGACCAAACCUUUUCUCACAUAAAUUCACGUAUGACCAGUUGCAGAAAACAAUAAAUGUACUGCCUGUGUGAUUUUCACUAACUGGACUCAUGGAUCUUUUUUCUGAUGUGUCUGUUUCUUCAUGGUCAGAGUUCAUUUUGUGCAAUAUCGCCCACUCAUGAGCAUCUGUUGUAACUGCAUGAUACAUUUUUAGGUGGAUAGUCUGCUUUGAAAAAGGCAACAUGGUAACAAAACAAUGGUGUAAAGUUUCCUGGACUGUCUGAAACUCUUAAACUCCACUGGCACACCCA